AUUUUUUUUUUAUUAUUUACAGGCAUUGUCCGUUUCCUUUCUGCAGUUUACAUUUGUGAUGAGGUAACCACCACUACCACUAUAUCACUUUUUAAAUCCCUAAUUUCUCUCGGAUUAAUUUAACACUUGUGUUGUUGUAGUACCCUGUAUAACCAUGGUGUUACGCUAUAUAUCGAUUGUAUGUAUUAAUGUCCUCGAUUAAAGUGUGUUUGUAGUUUUGGGGGACUUUCGUUGACAUGACAAAUAACAAUGUAGCGAAUCAGAAAGCAGCAGGCCUGACAGGUAGGGGACUUGGUAAGGUUGUUUAUGUUCUAAAGCCCACAUAUUUAUUUUAAAUGCCCAAGGUCAAACGAGGGAUGACCUCUGGGAUAACGCGUUGGGAUAACAGCCGUCACAACACCGCUACACCACUAGUUGUUCGAGAGAGUUAAAAAUAUCACCAAUGUCACCAAGAUAUAUUAUUUCAAACUCACAUGUUGGGGCCAAAGUUGACAACCUCUCCUGAGAACAGGAAGUUGCUUGACAAAAGGUCUGGUGUAUUAUAUUAUAUAAUAUAUAUAAUAUAAUGUUCAACCUCUCGGGGGAGAAUAUGUGGAUCACUGAGUUUUGGGAAGAUUUAAACACUUUGAACACAGAGACAGCCCCUUGUGAAAAGUCCAUGGUACAAACUCUUCACAAAUAGCCUUGUAAUGGUUUAUAUGUUUAACCUUUUACAAGGCUACAGGGCUGGAUAUUGGUCCAGUUGACCUUAAUCAUUCAGACUAUACACAGCAGACAAAGGCUUGUUGAACUUACGACAUCACAGUUGAACCUAGCCUUCUCCCUUGUUGUUCAACAUGUCUCUACUUGGAAAGACUCAUAAACCUUAGUGUCAACACUGCAACACUUCCCCCUAUGGAAGCAGAGAACAAGACAGAGAAGCAGGAGGCCGAAGGCUGCUUGGUUCACAUGUCCUGGAAGGAAUUUCUCAUAUGUGUGGUUUGCAACGUAAGGAAGAAAAGUAGGAGAGAACCUGGUUGACUCUCUGGUGGUUCUACAGAGCGGUCAUUCUUUCAUGUCCUGCAGCCUGCGCUGCUAUUGGUCGGCUCUCCAGGAAGUUGUCUUUAUCCCUCAGCCAAACGGAGACAGCUUCGUACCGUUGGACCUGGGUCUGGGGGUUGGACCGCAGCCAUAGAGGGGGCCUGUAGUGCUGGGUUGGGCUCCAGGAGAGGGGAGAGAGGUAGGGCUCCAAGCAGGAGAUCCAGGGCUGGAACCUUGUGGCAGAUCAUAAUGUUCUGCCAAGAUAUACUUUUUUCAAAGGCUAUAAGAGGGUCCUACUGGGUGUGGAGACCAUUCACCAUGAGGGGAGCCGGGCUGCUGUGUCUGCUGUGCGUCUGCUGUGCGUCCCCCGCGGCCCUGAGCGGAGCCGGGGGGGCGGGCCCGGGGCUGGGGGCCGGAGCGAGGCUCAGGGCCCGGACCGCCACCGGGAGGACGCCGCCCCUCCCUGAGGGUCGGUGUGUGGUGUACGGGAUGACCAUGUUUGAGGGGGCCAUGUGGUCUCCGGAGCCGUGCACUGUCUGCCAGUGCCAGGGAGACAUGGUGAAGUGCAAACCCAGCGCAUGUGACCCAGGACCAGCAGUGGGAAAAGUUCAGGUGGUGAAGAAGACCUCGGAGCAUCAGGGAGAGGGUGGAGGAGCGAGGAGGAGCAGCAGUAAGACCUCCACCUCUAGAGGAGGACAGGAGGUGAAGGAGACCUCGGAGCAUCAGGGAGAGGGUGGAGGAGCGAGGAGGAGCAGCAGUAAGACCUCCACCUCUAGAGGACAGGAGGUCAGAACCAAGGGACAAACCCGCCCCGCCGGGGGCCCAGAGCAGCGCCCCGCCGGGGGCCCAGAGCAGCGUCCCGCCGGGGGCCCCCCCAGCCCAGAGCAGCGCCCCGCCGGGGGCCCAGAGCAGCGUCCCGCCGGGGGCCCCCCCAGCCCAGAGCAGCGCCCCGCCGGGGGCCCCCCCAGCCCAGAGCAGCGUCCCGCCGGGGGCCCAGAGCAGCGUCCCGCCGGGGGCCCAGAGCAGCGCCCCGCCGGGGGCCCCCCCAGCCCGGCGGCCGUCCCUCCAGCGGUUAAAACACCGGUGGCGCCCAGGAGCCGCAGGCCCCACAACUCCUCAGACGAAGAGGACCGCGACUCUUCCGACGAAGACGAGGACGCGGAGGACGAAGACGUCGUCGGCCCCCCACAUCCACCGCCGGCAAAAGCGAAGGUCAACCCCCCGACCCCGUCGCCGUCUGUGCUCCGGACCGCCCCCCCGAGACCACCUGCGCGGGGGGCGGGGGGGCGGCCCGUGGUGGCAUUCCCCCAGAAGCCCCCCUUCAUGGCGUCCCUGCCGUGGGGUUGCCUGCUGGCCGACACGCUGGUGGCGUGCGGCAGCACCGGCCUGAGCCGCAUGCCGCUGAUCUCCGACCGGGGGGUGAGGACCCUCUACCUGGCAGACAACAAGAUCAGCCGGAUCCCGGCCAAGGCUCUGGCCGGUCUGCCCAACCUGGAGUGGCUGGAUCUGAGCAAGAACAAGCUGGACGACGCCUCCUUCGCCCCCCUGCUGUUCCAGAACCUGACCCGGCUGCGGCGGCUGAUCCUGGACGGGAACAACCUGACCCGCGUGCCCGCCUCCCUGCCGCCCUCGCUGCUGGAGCUCAAGAUCAACGACAACCAGCUCAGCGGCCUGACGCCGCGCAGCUUCAAAGGUUUGUCCAAACUCCUGACGCUAGAACUGGAAGACAACCACUUCCACGACGGGAACGUUUCACCGUUGACCUUCCGACCACUAAGGAAGCUGGCCUACCUUCGUCUGGAUGACAACCGGUUCCGGGGCGUUCCCUCGGGUCUCCCCGUCUCCCUUCAGGAGCUCCACCUCUCAGACAACAAGAUAGAGGUGGUGCAAGCCGGGAUCCUGAACAAAACUGUUAACCUGAGGGCUCUGGACCUGAGCCACAACCGCAUCCGAGAGGACCGCAUUGCCCCCCACGCCUUGAUACACCUGCUGAAGUUGGAGUCUCUGGACCUAUCCCACAACUGGCUGGUCCACGUCCCGUCCUUCCUGCCCCCGGGCGUCCGCCAGCUCGUCCUGCACCACAACCUCAUCCAGCGGAUCCCGGCCUUCGUGUUCGGGCACCUGGCCCCGGGCCUGGACUCCCUGCACCUGUCCCACAACCGCCUGCAGGACGGCGGCCUGGCCCCGGCCUCCUUCAGGGGGCUGAGCUCCUCGCUGGCCGAGCUGCUGCUGGACCACAACCUGCUGCACUCGGUGCCCCGGGGCCUGCUGCAGCUCAGGAACCUGCAGCACCUCCGGCUCAACCACAACCUCAUCAGCGACGUCCCGCUGGGCGCCCUGUGCGACCCGGGGGCGCGCGAGGACUCCCCCCUGCUGAGCGUCCACCUGGAGAACAACCUGAUCCAGCGCCACCUCGUCCCCCCCAGCAGCUUCUCCUGCAUCCGCAGUUACCACAGCGUGCUGCUGCGGCCGCAGAGGGACGAGGAGUAGGGGCGCCCAAUCACAGGAGGAGGAG